CUCUGCCCCCGCGUCUCGACGUGUCACCGGCGGCGCCGCUGCUGUGGCAAGAGAAGGACCUAACUGGGGGAGUUCGAGGCGGCGGGCGGCGGCAGCGACCCCGGCCUGGAUCUGCCCCGUCACGGAAGUGUCCCGGGGUCCGUGGGGAGUAGGGGAGGAAGGCGGCGGCUCGGCCCGCACGGGGCACAAUGUUGAACAUGUGGAAGGUGCGGGAGCUGGUGGACAAAGCCACCAAUGUGGUUAUGAAUUAUUCAGAGAUCGAGUCUAAGGUUCGAGAAGCAACGAAUGACGAUCCUUGGGGACCUUCUGGGCAACUCAUGGGAGAGAUUGCCAAGGCUACAUUUAUGUAUGAACAAUUUCCAGAACUUAUGAACAUGCUUUGGUCACGAAUGUUAAAAGAUAACAAAAAAAAUUGGAGAAGAGUUUACAAGUCAUUGCUGCUUCUAGCUUACCUCAUAAGGAAUGGAUCAGAGCGUGUUGUUACAAGUGCCAGAGAACACAUUUAUGAUUUGCGAUCCCUGGAAAAUUACCACUUUGUAGAUGAGCAUGGCAAGGAUCAAGGUAUAAAUAUUCGCCAGAAGGUGAAAGAAUUGGUUGAAUUUGCCCAGGAUGACGACAGGCUUCGUGAGGAGCGAAAGAAAGCAAAGAAGAACAAAGACAAAUAUGUUGGGGUUUCCUCAGACAGUGUUGGAGGAUUCAGAUACAGCGAAAGAUAUGAUCCUGAACCCAAAUCAAAAUGGGAUGAAGAGUGGGAUAAAAACAAGAGUGCUUUUCCAUUCAGUGAUAAAUUGGGUGAACUGAGUGAUAAAAUUGGAAGCACAAUUGAUGACACCAUCAGCAAGUUCCGGAGGAAAGACAGAGAAGACUCUCCAGAAAGAUGCAGCGACAGUGAUGAGGAAAAGAAAGCAAGAAGAGGCCGAUCUCCCAAAGGUGAAUUCAAAGAUGAAGAGGAGACUGUGACGACAAAGCAUAUCCAUAUCACACAGGCCACAGAGACCACCACAACCAGACACAAGCGCACAGCAAAUCCUUCUAAAACCAUUGAUCUUGGAGCAGCAGCACAUUACACAGGGGACAAAGCAAGUCCAGAUCAGAAUGCUUCCACUCAUACACCUCAGUCUUCACUUAAGACUUCAGUGCCUAGCAGCAAGUCAUCUGGUGACCUUGUUGAUCUAUUUGAUGGCACCAGCCAAUCAACAGGAGGAUCAGCUGAUUUAUUUGGAGGAUUUGCUGACUUUGGCUCAACUGCUGCAUCAGGCAGUUUCUCUUCCCAAGUUACAGCGACAAGUGGGAAUGGAGACUUUGGUGACUGGAGUGCCUUCAACCAAGCCCCAUCAGGCCCUGGUGCCUCCAGUGGUGAGCUCUUUGGCAGUGCCUCACAGCCAGCUGUGGAACUUGUCAGUGGCUCUCAACCAGCUUUAGGCCCACCUCCAGCUGCCUCAAAUUCUUCAGACCUAUUUGAUCUUAUGGGUUCAUCCCAGGCAACUAUGACAUCUUCCCAGAGUAUGAAUUUCUCUAUGAUGAGCACUAAUACUGUAGGCCUGGGGUUGCCCAUGUCAAGAUCACAGCCUUUGCAAAAUGUUAGCACAGUGCUGCAGAAGCCUAAUCCUCUCUAUAAUCAGAAUACAGAUAUGGUCCAGAAACCAGUCAGCAAAACCCUGCCCUCUACUUGGUCUGACCCCAGUGUAAACAUCAGCCUAGACAACUUACUACCUGGUAUGCAGCCUUCCAAACCCCAGCAACCAUCUCUCAAUACAAUGAUUCAACAGCAGAAUAUGCAACAGCCUAUGAAUGUGAUGACCCAAAGCUUUGGAGCUGUGAACCUCAGUUCUCCAUCAAACAUAAUUCCUGUCCGGCCCCAAACUAACCCUUUGAUGGGGGGACCCAUGCCUAUGAGCAUGCCCAGUGUGAUGACUGGCACCAUGGGAAUAGCGCCUCUUGGAAACACUCCAAUGAUGAACCAGAGCAUGAUGGGCAUGAACAUGAACAUGGGGAUGUCAGCUGCUGGGAUGGGCCUCACAGGCACAAUGGGAAUGGGCAUGCCCAACUUAGCCAUGACUUCUGGAACUGUGCAACCCAAGCAAGAUGCCUUUGCAAAUUUUGCCAACUUUAGCAAAUGAGAAAUGGUAAAGGAGCAGAUUGAAUGAAGGAUUUUUAGUGGUGAAGAUAGGUGAUGUUGGGAUGGAAAAUGCUAAUCAACUCCCGUUUCUUUUAUUAAUUAGUUAAAAUAAACCUACAUAAAGAACCAAAAAAGGCUGUUUUAUAAAAGUGAAAUAUCUAGUAUUUCAGAUGACCAGGCAAGGGCACUUCAGAUGAGGCAGUCAAAAUUCUUUUUCCCAGUGAGAAUAGACCACUCGUGGGGUAGUGAGACCUUGAAAGCCUUUAUAAAUUGAAGAGCCCAUUUUAACAUCAUGAUUUGUGGGAAGACUGGAAUAGGGCUGAAUAAAUGUGUUUGAAUCUCUAAUUUUAUACUUUUCUUUUCCUGAGGAACUUGAUUUUUCUGUCCCUGAAUCGCCUUGUCAUAAUUGGGUCUGUUCCUUUUACUACCACUCUUGAGUCCAUAAAUGAAAUCAUUAAAGUUGGAUGAUCAGUUUUUUAUAAAAAUAUAUAUUUUUGUCCAAAAAAAGGCAUACAUAUGUGAUUAUGGCUAAAUCAAAGGUAACUGGAAUGUAUAUACUUUUGCUAAUGUUCCAGCAACUCUGCUAUUCCUAUUAUACUAUUCCAAAUUUUUAUUAUAACGAAACCUCUUCAAGCGACUUGUGAUAGCUAUGGGACUUUUCCCAUAUCUUCUGCUAUAAUUAUCCUUUGCAGAACGAGGAAAAAAUAUUUUUUUUUCAGGACUGCUCUCUGGUUUCCUUUAAAAGAAAAAAAACAAUCCUCCAGUAUUUUUGUUUGUUUUUAGCAGUCAUUAUUUACAAUUUGCAGUGGUUAACUUGGCAAGGCUUCCUUCCGUGUUUAUCCCUGUAGCCACCACUUCUUAGGAACAGUC